AUGUCUGACGCACAGCCAAUCUUGGAUCACAUUGUUUUGUUUGUCUCAUAUGAAACAUUACAAGAGCUACCGGAGAAGCUCAAAGAGCAUUUCAAAAUCAUUCCAGGAGGCGGUUCAACUACGGGUGUGACGAUCAACAAACUCCUGAUCCUCCCCGAUGGCACAUAUCUUGAAAUUGUUGCAUUCAAUAAAGGGAUAGAGCCUGAGAGGCGGGAAGCUCAUCGCUGGAGCAACGCUACAGAGGGAACUGUCAUCGACUGGGCGUACACUUUGAAUAACCCUGAUGAAUUUGAGCACAUUCAGCGGCGAGUCAACAGUUCUGAAUCUGGUGUUCUCUACCAAAAACUUGUCUCCGGCGGGAGAAGACGACCUGAUGGCGUUGAGCUAAAAUGGUCCGUCAUUCUACCAGUUGGCGCACACCAGAACCGCCUCCAGCCAGGUAUAGCCCCUUUCUGGUGCUUAGACAAGACGCCGAGGUCGCUCAGGGUCCCUUAUUUGGCCGAGGACGGAAAACAGCCCGCCACGUGCACGCAGCACCCCUGCGGUGCACAGUCCGUAUCCAUGCUCGAGGUUCUCGUACCUCACGCUUUGCAACCAAAGAUAGGCAAGGCCUACGCUUCUAUUCACACCAACGCCCAAGGAGGUCGAGCCUGGGGUUACGGGACACAUGGCGACUCCGAGCUUGCUGGAGGGCUGGUGGCUCUUGGCGAGAGUCCCGAUUCAACUGUCAAGAUUACACUAACCCUCAAAGGCGACAAGUCCCAGAAGAUCACUAUCCUUCCAGGAGUCAAAAUUACGGUAACAAAUGGAAAUUGA